AUGCAGAAACUGCAAAUCUAUGUUUAUAUUUACCUGUUUAUGCUGAUUGUUGCUGGUCCAGUGGAUCUAAAUGAGAACAGUGAGCAAAAAGAAAAUGUGGAAAAAGAGGGGCUGUGUAAUGCAUGUACUUGGAGACAAAACACUAAAUCUUCAAGAAUAGAAGCCAUAAAAAUCCAAAUCCUCAGUAAACUUCGCCUGGAAACGGCUCCUAACAUCAGCAAAGAUGCUAUAAGACAACUUUUGCCCAAAGCUCCUCCGCUCCGGGAACUGAUUGAUCAGUACGAUGUCCAGAGAGAUGACAGCAGUGAUGGCUCUUUGGAAGACGACGAUUACCACGCUACCACGGAAACGAUCAUCACCAUGCCCACCGAGUCUGAUCUUCUAAUGCAAGUGGAAGGAAAACCCAAAUGCUGCUUCUUUAAAUUUAGCUCUAAAAUACAAUAUAAUAAAGUUGUAAAGGCCCAACUGUGGAUAUAUCUGAGACCAGUCAAAACUCCGACAACAGUGUUUGUGCAAAUCCUGAGACUCAUCAAACCCAUGAAAGACGGUACAAGGUAUACUGGAAUCCGAUCUCUGAAACUUGACAUGAACCCAGGCACUGGUAUUUGGCAGAGCAUUGAUGUGAAGACAGUGUUGCAAAAUUGGCUCAAACAGCCUGAAUCCAACUUAGGCAUUGAAAUCAAAGCUUUAGAUGAGAAUGGUCAUGAUCUUGCUGUAACCUUCCCAGGACCAGGAGAAGAUGGGCUGAAUCCCUUUUUAGAAGUCAAGGUGACAGACACACCAAAAAGGUCCAGAAGAGAUUUUGGGCUUGACUGUGAUGAGCACUCAACAGAAUCUCGGUGCUGUCGUUACCCUCUCACUGUGGAUUUUGAAGCUUUUGGAUGGGAUUGGAUUAUUGCACCCAAAAGAUAUAAGGCCAAUUACUGCUCUGGAGAGUGUGAAUUUGUGUUUUUACAAAAAUAUCCUCAUACUCAUCUUGUACACCAAGCAAACCCCAGAGGUUCAGCAGGCCCCUGCUGUACUCCCACAAAGAUGUCUCCAAUUAAUAUGCUAUAUUUUAAUGGCAAAGAACAAAUAAUAUAUGGGAAAAUUCCAGCCAUGGUAGUAGAUCGCUGUGGGUGCUCAUGA